AUGCUCCGGCUCCUCUCUCCUUCCUCCACCUCUGCCUCUGCCAUCUUCCCUCUGCUUCGCCUCCUCUCCGCAUCCGCAUCCCCCAUUUUCCCGAGCCCUAGCAGCUUCGCCGUGGAGGAGUACCUCGUCGACACCUGCGGCCUCACGCGGCCCCAGGCCCUCAAGGCCUCCACCAAGCUCUUCCACCUCAAAUCCCCCGCCAACCCCGACGCCGUUCUCGCCUUCCUCGCCGGCCUCGGCCUCUCCGGCGCCAACGUCUCCGCGGUCGUCGCCAAGGACCCGCAACUCCUAUGCGCCAAAGUGGACAAAACCCUGGCUCCGGUGGUCGAUGGGCUCACCGGCCUCGGCCUGUCGCGUUCUGACAUCGCCCGCCUUGUCUCGCUCGCCCACGCCUAUUUCCGCUGUAGAUCCAUAGUCUCCAGGCUGCACUACUACCUGCUCCUCUUGGGCUCCUUCCACAACUUCCUCCGGCUGCUCAAGCACUCACCCCGCCUUCUGUCGUGGGACCUCGACAAGGUUGUCAAGCCCAAUGUUGUGUUUCUCAGGGAGUGCGGGCUAGGUGAUUCUCAUAUUACCAAGCUGUGUAUCCCUGUACCGAGGAUGCUCACCACCAACCCGGAGCGCGUCCGGGCAAUGGUGGCAUGUGCUGAAAGAUUGGGUGUACCUCGUGGCACUGGAAUGUUCAGGCAAGCGCUACGGGCUGUCGCGUUUCUCAACGAGGAGAAGAUUGCCGCCAAAGUGAACUACUUGAAGAGUACGUUCAGGUGGUCUGAUGCCGAAGUGAGCAUUGCUAUGCGCAAGUAUCCGAUUCUGCUGGAGAAGUCAAAGGAAUCUCUGAAGCGCAGGUCCGAGUUCCUGUUCUAUAAGGUGGGGGUGGAACCCGUGUACAUUGCUCAUCGACCGGAAAUACUUUCUUAUAGCAUGGAGGGCCGACUCAUACCCCGGUACUAUGUUAUCAAGUUCCUCAAGAAAAAUGGACUGCUAGAUCGUGACUUGAGCUUAUAUUCUGCGGUCAAGAUGACUGACAAGGUAUUUGUGGAGAAGCUCAUAUGUCCUCACAAGGAAGCCGCGCCACACCUCGCUGAAGAUUAUGCAGCAGCUUGCAAAGGGGAAGUGCCAACUAAUUUCAGAUUUACAUGAACAAAAAAGGGCUAUUGAAAUUGGUUACAGUAUAUGGCGCAACAAAGUUAUCACCCUGCAUGUAAGCUGUUUCAGUGUUCUUUGCCAUACAUGAUGUUGUUUGUUUUCUGUAGUAUGCCUGUUACAUGCCACUUGAUCAUUGCUAAAUGCUAACUCCCUAUGAAGCUGGCAAUUUAAUUCCUGAACCCUGAGAUGUUGAUGUUGUCAGACUUCCAUUGAAUAUCAUGGAAAUUGGAUGUGUGGGUAGACCAAUUUGCGAUGAAACCAGCAUUCAUGAAACCAGAAACCAAAAGAGUAACGUGCUGUCAUUUUCCACCAAAAUGUAUC